AUGAGAAGGUCCGAGCUUCACUUAUCACACGUUUAUUCGGUAUUCUGUAUAUCUUAAUUCGUGGUCAGUAGUUACUAUUAACUACAAGUUUUCAUCGUUUUGAAUGUAAUUUGAAUUUUAUUUGAAGGGAACUUAAAUUAUAACUAACUUCUUUAAAUUGUACCUUAUCUAUUUGCAUAUUAUAUACUAACAUGACAUCGGAAUAUUAGAUAAUAAUUUUUCAGUUUAUUACAAUAAAACAUGGAUUUGUUAAUUUCUGAAAUGGAAAAGCUGUUAGCAUCUGGUAGAGAAAAUUGUGAUUUUCAAGAAAUUAUUGGUAAUAAUAUAAUAAUAUAAUAAUUUUUUUUUUUUUUGUUAACAGCCCAGAUAUUGGUUGGCAGUAUUACUCCAGUUUUAACGCUUCUCUGCUUUCUGCUUUAGUUUUUAGUAUGUUUCACACCCUAGAUCCUUGACUAAUUGGCUUAUGUAUUCGAGAGGUGGUCUUCCUCAGCGAUUCAUCCUUUUAAUAAUAAUAAAAUCAUUAAGAGGACGUUAUACCCGCAUCUAUUGUCUCAAUUAAACUAUCAGGUAACAUGUAAAAACAAUGCUUAUGCAUAAUAAGUAAUACUAGCUUAAUUUUGAUUUUAGAGUAAAUGUACCUAUUAUUAAAUUUAUAGGGAAUUUUAGAGGGAAUAUCUUAGGGUUUUUGUAAUAUUAAAACUAUACAACUAAAUACUAAUGAAAAAAACAUUUUUUUUUUUGUUCUUAAAUAACUGUAACUUAUUUAAUUGUUCAUAGUUCAAAAAAUACCUGUGACAUUCCUUCCAAAAUAUUGUUCUUUAUACAAUUUAUAAUAAGUACUUUUACUCUAAAAUCAAAAUUAUGCUAGUUUUCCUUAUUCUGUUUAAGCAUUGUUUUUCCAUGUUACCUAUCCAAUAGUUGGACUGAGAUAGUAGGUGCAGGUAUAACAUCCUUUUAAUAUAUUUAAAAACCAUUAUAUUGAUAUAAAUCAAAAAUAAUACAUGAUAGGCCAUGAGAUUGUUAUUCUAAUUUAUUAUAUUCUGAGCUUAGUGAGUGAUCUAUUGGUUUUACUGUGAUGUUCCGUUUACUAUGAUGUGUAUUUUUUUUUCUGUCUGUGAACAACUUUUCUAUCAGAAUAUUUGCUCCAAGUAUAAACUAUAGCACAUUUUCUGAAAGGUAAUUAUCCUUUUUUGGUGUAUUAGGGAAAUUAUUUUUUGAUUUUCCAAAUGGUUUUUGAAAUAAUUGGGAAAUACUAGAAAGAAUUAUAGGCAAAAUGACAAAUAUUUAUGGCGCGACUUGGCAUUACUGUUUUAAUUGAUUUUAUUAUGUUAACACAUGAUGUUUUCAACCAUAAAUAUUGCUCCAAUAGAUAAACGGCAAGAGACCCUUUUUGUUGAAUUUUUAGUUUAGUUAGUGACCAAGAAAGGUGUUUUUUUAAAAAUUUUUUGUAGUUUUUAAAUAAUUUUUAAAACUGAAAAAUGACAUGAAAAUUUACAUAAUUAUUUCUAUUAUUAUUUUUAAUUUUGUUUUUGUAAUGUAAUUCAGUUAAAAAUAUUUGUUGAGACUUAAAAUUUUGACAGGAGAUUUAUAUAUGCUAUUUCUAGAUGUGGUAAAACUUUCGAAACAUUUGAGCUAUUUAUAGACAUUUUAAUUUUGCUAGUUUUUCGCAUAAUUUUUUUUGGUAGGUACUCUGUAGAUAAAUUUUUAGACUUAAUAGAAAUACUUAAAAAUUUGAUAGGACGUUCAUUAUAAGGCGUAAUUAGCUGUAAAAAAAUAAAUAUUAGUUCAAUGUAAUAUUUUUAUUUUUUUUUUAUAAAAGUUAAAAUCAAAUUUUGAUGAAAAACGUAUAUAAAUAUAAUUUAUCAUUGAAUUAGGUAUAAAUUAAAUAACUAUUAAUGCCACCUUCUCUAAUACCCACCUACAACAGUGGUGCAUCUGUCCCCAGUAUCAGCUCUUUUUUGUUAAUUUAAUUUUUUGAUUACUUUAGGAGAAUCUGCGGGAAAAAAUAUUGAUGAUUUGUUGAUUGAAGCUGACAAAUUGAUUAGUGAAACACUUCCAUAUUUCCAAACCAAUACAAAUACAAAUACAGCAUUAAAUGAUUUUAGUAAUACAAAAAUUAAUUCAAUGACUAAAACAGCACAACUUAAAAACCAACAAAAUGAAACAAAAAAAGUAGUUUUUAAUUUGAAAACUAAUACUCAGAGUACUAAAAUUCCAGAGAAAUCUUCUAAAACAUCUGAAAAUAAUGGUUUGUAUUGAAAUAAUAAAUCUAUAUAUUUUAAAUUAGCUUAAGUCAGUUCAGGUAUUGUAGAAGUUGUAGUUAAAAAUAUUUUUUUUGUAUGGUAUAUCAAUAGUAAAUUAAACAUUUUUUUUAAUUAAUAAAUAUGUACUUUAUUUAUAGGAAACUUUGCUACAAAUAAAUAUAUUAUAGAUAAGGAAAGCAAAAAACAUAACACAUGUUCAUCGUCAUUAAAGAAUUGUAUGAAACCUAAGUUUAAGGUAUGUUAAUGAUUUUAUGUACUAAUUAUUAUUAUUUAAUGAACUUAUUUCGCUAGCCAGUGUUGAGACUGCUAUAUAAGCUUCUUUUCCAGUUGAUAAAAUCUCUGAUGGUGGUAAAAUAAAUCCAUAUUUGCCUGUAUCCCUCAAUUCUACAGUGUAAGAAUACUUUAUUUUUGCAACUCCUUUAGCCCAAUCAUCAGAUGCUCCUAAAGUGAUAAUAAAAAAUAUUGAGUUUAUAAAAGAUGUGUAAUAAUACUUAUAAAUAUAAUAUAGGUACCAGCUGCUGGAUAUAAUAGUGUUGCACUAUUUCCGACAGUAUACUCUCUUGUUGUAACUUUUUUAAUAGCUGUGGCCAUAGCCUGACCUACACGUUGUACUUCUGUAUGAUCAGAUGGUACUCGUUUGGCAUAGCCCCAUGGAUAUAAGAUAUACUGUCCAUAACUGUGAAAGGUCAGGAAUCCCUAAAAAUAUUAAUUUUGUAUAUAAGAGUCAUUAUAUAAUACUACUCAACAAUGAUAACUGUACUACUUACUUUAUAAAUGUUAUUAUUUUUCAUGAUAUAUUUAACCACUGCUUGGGUCUCUGGUUCUGAAUUAGCUUUUAUACCUCUAUAAAUUUCCGCACAUGAAUAUUUGCUAGCACCACUUUCUCCCCAGUGAUAAUCCCAGUUACGAUUUAGAUCUGUGCCUACACAUGAAUUCGCUGUGGGUUUAUUACGAUUUUUACGCCAUAAGCGUUCUUUUUCAUGUGAAUGUUUGUAUCUAGUUAUGAACAAUGAUUUUAUUUUAUAGAAAGUAUGCUAUCAUAAAUUUAGAAAUAUUUAUACUCACCCAUCAGGAUUCACUAUUGGUAGUAUAUGAAAUUCAAUAUUCUUCAUAUGAGUUUCUAACGUGUCUCUAUUGUAUAUUAAUUCGUUGAUUAAAUAUAAUACCGAUGAGACUGCAAUCCAUUCUCGUGCAUGUAUUCCUCCAUCAACCCAUAUAGAUUUUAUAUUAGUUGCAUUUUGAUCUGGCUUAAUUCGUAUUACUCUCAAUGGAACGCCUUCAUAUGAUUUACCAAUGGUUUCAACUUCUACAAAAUCUGGAUAUUCUUGAGAUAUGUAAUCAACAUAUUUAUAUAUGUCAUUUAUUUUAUGGUAACGUUCAAAUGUCAAGUUGUGACCUAAAAUCAUUAAAUUUAUGUUAUAAUUUAUUUCCUUUGUUUAAAAAAAAAAAAAAAAAAAAAAAAAAAUGUAUUUUCAUAAAAUUUAAAUCAUUUGUGUUAAACAAAUAAUGUUAACCUUGUCUUCCAGAUAAUUCUAAUUCAUCUUCGUUUACUGGAGGAUUUUCUUCAUUGAUGGCUCGUUGUAUGUCAUCAAUAAAUAUGUCAAAUGAUAGUGAUCCAUUGUUCAGUGCAUUUUUUACAAUUUCCGAGUUGCCUUUUUUUACCAUUAUAUCUACUGACGUAGAAUUGGUAAACCAUUUUUCAAUUACUAAAAAAAUAAUUUUAUAACUUAUUAUUCUGAUUAAUGAAAAAACAAUGUUUACUUACAUCCUUGAUUUUCAAGUUCCUUAAUUGUUUUCCUUUGUUUAGAGUUCACCGUUUCCACCCUUAAAACUUGGUCACCAUUAUAAGUUAUUUUUUCUUCAACAUUUCCAUGGUGACCAUUAUUCUGUGAAGAUGUGAUAGUUAUUGAUAGAAUUAAGAGUGUGAAUACACAAUAGAGUACUUUAAAACAACCGACCAUUUUGAACAACUAAAUGAGUAUAAACUAAAUUAAUUCUUGACCACAGGGAACUCUUUAAUGUAAACUGAAACCGGUACUGUGCUAUGAUCCUAAUCUAAGCCACACCUAUUUGAUGUUUUAUUAAUACAACUGCAGUGAAGUGGUUAUUGGACAAAUUUUCUCCCUACUGACCGAAAUAUGAAUAGAGGAUCUUUUUGUUGUAAUCUAUACUUCGUUAUUGAAUUUUAAUUACUAAAAUAUAAAACAUUGUUUCUAAUAUCUACAAUAGAUCUUUUCAUACUAACAGUUAUUUAAUACAAAUUGAAUUUGUUAUCUUGAAUUUUAGUUUAUUAAAAAUAAUAGCUUUUGUUAAUUUUAAAAACAUAAAAUGAAAGGUGAAAUUUAUUUCAUAUAUGAUUUUUAAUUUUUAACAACUUUAAGGGACAUUUAAUUAAAAAUAAAUGGUUCAUAUUUUAUGGGAAUGUUUGAUUAUUUUAAAUUUGUAUGUCUACUAAUAAAAAAAGUUUCAAUAUUUUACAUGUAAUUAAAAAUAUGAUUUAAUUAAAAUAUUAAAUUAUUAAUAAUCUUUAAAUCCAACUGUACUCUUGUUAUUUUUUUAUUCUAUAUAAGUACAUAAUCUAAUUGGAUAUAUGACAACUAAUUUUGUUUAAAAUUAUUGAUUUUUGCUAUGAGAAAAAUGAUAAAACAUAAUAUAUUGACAGUUGAAUAUGUCAAUAACCCCUAUAACCAGUUAAUAAACCACAUUCCAAGAAACCAGCUGACCACCGGACAUACUAGUAAUUUAUUGAUUUGUUGUAUAGGAGGGACAUACCAUCUGUAUACUAUAAUAUAUAAUAUAUAUAAUGUAUUCAUUUUUUAUGUAGGUCAUUACUAUUCAAGUUGAAGUGCAAUUUUUAAUUUUGAGGUUGAAUAUAACUGCUACAUACACAAAUUCGACAAUUUAACAAUUAUUUUAGUGUACUUGCAUAGAAAUUAUAAAAAGUAAAUAUAGUCUUUAAUUUUGUUUUCGUAUUUGACUAGUCACUAGAUUCAAAAAGAAAAUAUAUUUAGGUUAUAAUAUAUAGGUUACCUAUGAAUAUUGGCUACAUACAGAUUUCAUACCUUUCCCAUAAAGUAUAUGAAUAUUUUAACAAAAAUUGUUUUAUUUUUAUGUUAAAAUAUAUUAAUUCUACAUAUUUAACUACAUAUAGGUUCUAUUACAUAGUAAACAUAUGAACCUAUUUGAAAAUGUAGUUGUACCAUGAUGACCAAUACAAGCUAAAUGCCUUGUAUGUCUUUUUUGUUAUUUGGCUGUCCCAUGUAAUAUUUUAAGUAUUAAAUAAAGUUCGAAAAAAAAAUGUAAAAUAAUGCUUAUGAAACUAUGAAAUGAAAAAUAAUUACAAAAUGUUUUUAAUUAUUCUAUUUAUAUUUAUACAAAAUUGAACAUAUAUUAAAUUAUUUGUUUUAGGUUCCUGAAGUUAAUUUAAUCAAGACCCAAUUCCAAGUACCAAUCCAAGUUAAUUCGACUUUGUUGGAUAAUCAUAAUCAAUUAAAAAUUAUGUGUAACAGACAUAAUAAAUUAUCAAAUAAUAUAAAAACACAAGCCCGGGUUGGUAAAUUAAAAAUGGAAGAAGAAUUAAACUACUAUAAAGUAAAAUAUUUAUAUUGAUAUAAUUAUAAUUUAUGACCCAAACUCGUUUUUCAAUUUUUUUUUUUUUUUUGACAAUGUAAGUUUUUGUGUAUGUAUUAGAAAUCUAAAAAAAGUCCUGUGAACUUUGUUUAAAAGUUAUGGAUGAAAACUUCAUGAAAAUCGGUUUUUUCGUUUCGCAUUUUUCCUAGUUAGAAUUUAAAAUUUUCAAUUUUAUGUUUUUUCUAAAAUGUGUGUUUUUAAAUGCUUAAUCCGUUAGUAUAAUCAAAACUUAACUAUCAUUCUUACUUUUAUAGAUUUUUUAAAUAAAUCUUGAAAAAUGGCAUUUUUGGAUUAAUCCAAAAUGUGGUAAAAAAUACGAUAUUUUUGUUUAUUAUUAUUAUUUACAGUUAUUGAUAAUUUUGAUAAUAAAAUUUUUUUUAUUGAAAUCUGAAUAAGUCUAGCCGGCUUAGUUUUAGUAUUAUAAAUGUCUGAGUGAGCGCAGCGAACAAAGGACGACCUUGAGUCCACCUAUAAUGCUUUUUCACUUUAUCCUGUUACCUACCUUACAUGGUUUUGAAUUACAAAUCUAGGGUUAUUUUUGAUUAAAAUUGUUUGGGUUAGCGCAAGGAAACUCAGAGCGUUUGAAUGUUUAUAAUUCUAAAACUUCAAGAAGUUUUCCUCCAUAACUUCCAAACCAAGGUUGUCAGAUUUUUUUUCUUUAGAUUCUUAAUGUAUUUGCCAAAACACACAUUUGGAAUAAAAAAGAAUUGAAAAAUGAGUUUGGACUGUAACCUAGAUUUAUUCCUUUAUUUUUGUAUAUAAUUUAUUUAUGUAUUUCAUUAAAUCUUUUUCAGUUGAAAAAUAAUGAACUUGAAAAAAAUCUUAUGUUUAAAGAACAAGAAAUUCGUGAUUGGGAAAAUCGGUACCAUCAAUUAAGUCAAUAUUGUGAAUCGUUUUUAAAAAAAAAUGUAUGUAGGUACAUGAAUAAUUUAUUUUAUUUUAAGUCAAAAAAACGGGUUUAAUGCUUUGUAAAAAGUUUAUUAUACAUUUUAAUAAAUUAUAUGACCUAAAAAAAUGAAUUUUGUUGUGCUCAAUUUUUUUUCAAUGUACUUUAAAUUUUAAAUAUGUUUGAAGUAGGUUAAAUGUAAAUAUUCUUUUAUAAAAUAGUUUAGCCACACAAUAAUAUUUUUCCUUGAUUUUUAAAUUUGUAUUUUAUUUUUUCAUUUGUCCAUUAAAAGAACUAAUGAUAAGUUAUCUAAUUAUAUUAUAAUAAGUUUAAUGCACUUUUAACUGUUUUUUUAUUUUUGUUCAUUAACAGAAAUUUAGAUAAUUUAAAAUAGAUUUAUAAGGUAUUAAACUAAUUUAAAAAAAAACAUACUAUUUUGAAAAAUGAAUUAUUUCUUUUUUAUUAUUUAGGUUGAAGAGACGUUAAAGCAUUAUGAUUAUCAAUUAAAUGAUCUAAUUGAACGCAAUUUGACUAGAGAAUCACAAUUGCAUGCAAUAAUUAUUGACCUUCUCAAAGAAAUUGAUCAAUCACAUUUACAAUACAGAAUAAAAUUUUCAGAAAAAAAUAAAGAGAUACGUAAAUAUCUUGAUCAAAUAGAAAGAAUACUCGAUAACAUUUAUGAAUUUCGAAAUAACAAUGUUGUCAGAUAGUACAUACUGAAGUGUACAGUGCAAUAAAGUGACAUUAACAUUUACAUUCAUUUGAAAAGUACAUUUAAUUGUUUUUGCGCACAACUUUAUGAACUCAUACAAAUAUGGAGUACAAAUCAAGUAAGAAAUUACAUUUUUAUAAUUGGAAAUAUUAUUUAACAUUAAGAAGUCCUUAAUAAGUUAUUAUAAGAGGUAUUUAUUUGAACAUAUACAUAAGCCUAUAUGAAACUAAUUAUUUAAUUAUUUUGUAUGAAAAGUGAUAUGAAUAAUUUUGAAGGAUUAGUAUAAAAUUUAGAGAAAAGGUUUAAAAAUUAUUUUGAAUGUCACUGUUAUAUCAACUCAAUGUCACUCAUAACUGUUUACAUAAUAUGGUAUAUUAGUAGUUAAAUUAACUUGUAUAAAUAAAAACACAAUAUAAAUUGCUGAAGAAAUAAUUAAAUUGUAUAUUUUAUUAUUACAUUUGUAUUAACUAACACAUAUUUUAAGAUGUAAUUCUAAUUACUUAGUAUUUUUAUUGUGCUUUCCAAAGUAGUAUAGGCCCAGUACCCCAAUGGCUGAUUGAACAAAGUUGGAAAACGGCCUAAAAUAAUUAUUUAUUAAGUUAAUGACAUAAAUAAUGUGUGUACUAUAGUAUCAACAAUAAUUUACCAUUCAGUUGAAGUCUCUUUGUCAUUGACAGCAACCAUAUCAUUCUGUAGAAAUAUUAUUAAGUAGUUAAUUAUUAAUUGAUUUUAUAGUGUAAUAAAAUAAUUAAGUACCUCUCUGUUAUUUGUUGUCCUCCUCGCAUUGAUGUUAUCUCUGGAUGUUUGUCGUUCAUAUCUACCAUCUCUCACUUCACGUCUAAAAGUUCUCUCGUCUGAACGAUAUUUCAAAAACCUCUUGUCAUUUCGUUCAAUUCCUCUGAAGUCAAUGUCUCUCUCUCUUGCAUUUCGAACAUGUUCACGGCGUAUGUUAGGUAAUGAUGUUGAUCUUGUCAAUCUGACCUUUCUAGUAUCGUCAACUCUUAACCAAAGCCUGCGUUCUUGCUCUUUACCAUCCACACGAACUUUGCGGCUCUCAGAUCUAAUAUUCAAAUUUCUAGUCCUGUACGUAUCUCGAAUGUAGUAGUUGUUUAAAGGAGUAAAUUUGCAUUGAUCUGUAUCGUUUGAAAUUGUCACAAGCUCCUGAGAUGGUUUUCUGUAACCAUUUCUAUAAAGGAAAUAAAAAGUUAUAAUUUUAACACCAUGAAAAUUUCUUCAAAAAAAAAUAAACGUCAGAUAAUAAUUGUGUUUUGAUUUAAAAAAAAAUUUCAAAAUGUAUAGGUUUACUUUGCAUCGAUUGAAGCAUAUUUUUCAUAUGAUCACUUUAUUUUAUUACUUACCAUUGAAAAUUCAUAAAGUGCUCUGAUUGAUACAAAGUAAACUUGUUUAUAAAUUCAAGCAUAUUUUUUUUUUUCGAAAUCGAACUACUGUAAAUAUUAACAUUUUUGUCAGGCAUAUAGCUACUUUACAUUUAUUAAUAUUGUAUCCCUUUUCCUUAAAUGUGUACUGGAUAGUAUAUUUGUAUAUCAAUUUUUUCAUUGAAAGAUAAAAUAUAAUUUUCAAAUUCUACAAAAUUGGAGAAAAUUUGGGAAACCGUUUCUUAAUCCUUUAAUAAUCAAAAAAAUAUAUAUGUCAUUAAGAGUGGAAAGAUUAUAGAAUCCUAAUAAUAUCACACAAACUCUUUAAACUAUUUUAUUUGUUUUUCUGAAUGAAAUUAAAAUAUUUGUUAUUAAAUUUACCUAAUGCAAAAUACUUUGGUAAAACAUUUAGUUAAAUAUAAAAAUCAAAAUACUAUUGAAUAUAUAAUCAAAUUCAAUACAAUAUCAGUUUAGAUUAAUGUAAACAUUAAAAUUGUUCAGAAAAAAAAAAUGUAUGUUUAAAAAAAACCAAAAAGGAUUAAUACUAAAUUUAAAUUUAUACAUGAUAUUAUGGUUUUAUUUUUACAGAUGAACAAGCUGGUAUAUUUAAACAAUAGCCAGUUAAAAUAUGGUACUAUACUGUUUUAAGACUACAAUUGUUUUUACUGAACGGCUAAAAUUGGUUAUCAAUUUAAAAAUGAUUUGAAUAUAAAAAUUUACUUACAAAUUGUUUUCAAAAAUUGUGCACACGUUUGCAUUCGAAUGUGCAAGAGCCAAGAAGAAUACAACUCCGAGUGUGACCGAUAGAAUGCUUAAAAAAAAAAAACAAUUUUAUCAAUAGCAUAUUUUUAAAGAUGAAUGGAAAAUAGAACAUUGACAGACAUGAAACUAAACAUAGUUACAUAUAAUAAUAGUAAAAUAAUUAAACUAAAAACAAAAUAAGUAGGUAUAUAUUCUGAACCAUAUCGGGUCUCAAACUUACAUUUUGUUCAUCUUGUGCCUACUGUUUACUGUGCGAUUCAGAAGUCACAAUGCACUCGUGGUCCAGAACCCAGGUUUUUAUAUCAACAUUCUUGAUAUGAAUUUCCUGAGCUGUAUGAUAUAUUUUCCGACCCAGUGGUCUGUAAUUGUAUUUAAAUAUUACCAAUUUAUUUUCAAACUUAUCUGAGAGAAACAUGAAUGCACCACCAUUGUAUCGAUGAUCUUUAAUAUAAUAUAAUAUGUUUGAGCUUGUGUUUUAUGUGGACAGUUUUUCUCUAUAAACCAUUAAACUUGAACAAUACUUUUAAGGGACACUGUGCGUAUGGAGAUAACAGGUAGGUAUCCAAGUUCAUAUUAUAAUAUUGUAUUAAAAAGCGCGCUUGGACGGACUAAUUUGAAAUUUGAUUAAUUCUCUAAAGACUUACCUAGGUACUAUAUUGUCCUGGUACAGUUCGAUACACACAGACGAUUAUUUACAUGAUAAUAGUAAUUUUUCAGUGUAUUCUACACGAUUUAUAACAAUUUUUCACUUUGCGCACACAGUGCAAUUUAUCUAAGCAUUUACCAUAUUAUUUAUUUAUUUACUGCUCACCAAUAUAUUUUAUAUUUGUUUUGAGAAAAACUAAAAGUAAAUGUACAUUUACAAAUUAGUUAUUUUUAAUGUGUAAUUUUGAUAUUAUUUUUUUAAAAUUAAUUUAUAUGUACAUCUUAUUACUUAUAAUUAUACAUAUUAGUUAACUUGCC